UCGGAGCAAAAAUUGUUUGUAUUCCCACAGACUGCCACCGCCUGGACUAUGGACUAUAGGCGAGGGAAUACCAACAGUUAACCAAUUACCCUAGUAUUCAACAAAACAAUCCAAAUUUACAUGUUAAUAGGUACACAUCGAUUCCUUUCCCACUUUAGGCGAUUGAUCAUGGCUCGAGACGAUGUCCUAGUCCUCUUUGACGUGGAUGGAACCCUCACUCCCCAUCGCCAAGUCAUCCUUCCUCAUGUCCAAGAUUUCCUACAAAACCAGCUUAAACCCGUGGCCACCGUGGGUCUUGUGGGCGGGUCGGAUAUGCCCAAGAUCGCUGAGCAAAUGGGCGGGGCGGAUGUGAUACACAAGUUCGAUUUCGUGUUCGCCGAGAAUGGCUUGGUGGCCUAUCGAGAUGGGCAAUUUGUGGAGAAACAAAGCAUCUCGGCAUUCAUCGGCGAUGAUAAAUUGCAAAAAUUUAUUAAUUUCUGCUUGCGAUACAUGUCUGACUUGGAAUUGCCGUGCAAAAGAGGCAAUUUCGUCGAGUUCCGGAAUGGCAUGAUCAAUGUGUGUCCGGUGGGUCGGAGUUGUUCUUAUGAGGAAAGGCUGGUCUUUGCCGAAUUUGACGCUAAACACCGGGUUCGAGAGCAAAUGCGCGACGCUUUGAUGAAGGCCUUUCCCGAUUUGGGUCUGCAAUUCGCUAUUGGAGGCCAGAUAUCGAUCGACGCUUUCCCGAUUGGCUGGGAUAAGCGGUAUUGUUUGAAGUUCGUGGAAAGUUUUAAGGACAUUCAUUUCUUUGGCGAUCGAACCGCUCCGGGUGGCAAUGAUCAUGAGAUCUUUGAGGAUCCUCGCACGCAAGGUUACACCGUUAGCAGCCCGGAAGACACGCUAUCCCAGCUCAAGACCAUUUUUAAGCUUUGAUGACAAUUGUUUGACCAUUUUCUUGUGAUACUGUUUGAUGAUGAAUUGAUUAUAAGCGCAAUCGCGCUCAAGAGUGAUUGUUUUUAUAUUCUUGGCGUUAGUUGGACUUGAAGUGUGUCUAUUUUUUUCUAGA